GUUCACUUUUCCCGAAACUAGUUUUGGCGCGCAAGGCGCGCGCACUCUCUGACGUCAUGAAAACUCGCAAAACACGACCAUGUGUCUGUUGUUGUUGAGAAAAUGUGUGUUACGUAAGAUGAGGCUCUGAAUUGCCGCCUUUGAUGUUUUUGUAGUUGUUAUUUAUCCCUGUCAAAAAGAUCAAAAUGCCGAAGCGAAAGACCGCCCCAAAAGCAGAUGUCGUAAAUGAUGACAAGAAAAAACCUAAACUUGACAACUUUGCCGUAACCAGAAGACAGUCAACUCGUAGAAGCACAGCCAAAGCCCAGGAGUUGAUCAAGAAGCAAUCCGCAGAACCAGAUUCUGAGCAUGAGUCGGUGUCGCAAAGCUCAGAUGAAGAUUUUGUCGUUCCUAAAAACGAAACGAAGUUGAAUGGCUUUGGCAAGGCAUGUGUCGUCCCGGCAAUCAAUAGUUUCCUCUCUUCAGAUGACAGCUCUGAGGACGAAGAAAAGCCGGAAAUCACAAAACGAAACAAGAAGCCUGCUAAAAAGGCUGCUACAGUGCCUGCCAAGAAGGCUGCUGCGGCGCCUGUCAAAAAGGAUGCUGCGGCACCAGCUAAGAAGACUGCAGCAGCGCCUGCAAAGAAUUCGUCUCGAAGCGUGCUGAGCUCCGACUCUGAAAGUGAAUUUGAGGAUGUCGCUCCUGUAAAGCCAGAAGUGGUUCAAGUGCCAAAAAUUUUGGCCGAAGUUUCUCAGCUAACUGACAGUGAGUCUGAUUUGGAAGAUGUACCAGCUCAGAAUUUGUUUGAGCUGUUUCCAAUGCUUAAAAAGCAAAACGAAGUGAAAGUUGAAGAGAAAAAGGUCAAGGCUAAAGUGGAGGAGAAAAAAAUCGACUCUUCGACCUUGAAUGUGUCCCAGCUGCUGGCGAUGGGAGAGACCCAAGAGCCAGUUCCUUCAACAAGCAAAUCUGAGCCCAAGGAGCGGAACAAUCGCUCCAAAUCUAAGAAAAAACAGAAGGGCGCUGACUCUGACGGGUCAGAUUGGGAAGAAGUGGAGCAUGGACAGGAGCAGAGCUUCCCCAAGGAAGGCGUCGAGGUGAACAUCGAGACGGAGACCGGGCUCAAGAAGAAAAAGACUAAAAGCAUGGACCUGGAGGCAAUCAUCAAGAGGAGGAUCAACCAGAUUCGCAGGGAAAAGCAGGUGGAGCUGCAUAAGGCCUCGCUGCUGUGCUGUCUCUGCCACGGAAUGUACAUCAAUAAGAAGCUCAACUCUCCCACACUGAUGGCUGUCGCACUUUCCAUUCUGCCUUCCCAACACUGCUAUCCGCCGAAGAAAUGUGACUUGAGCUAUCUUGAGAAAAUUGUCUCAUGGUUCAAGAAAAAGAUAACUGUGACUGAUGGCAAAGAAGAUAAAAACCUUAACCUGGUUGAGCAGCUGGAGAGGAGUUUCCAGGAGAUGAAAGCACCAAACAAGAAGUUGCUGGUUCUCAUGUUUGUUGCAAUGAUGCGCUCCCUGGGCUUGAAGACAAGACUCAUUAUUUCUCUGCAGCCAUUGUCGUUGAAACCAAGCAGCCACGAUCUGUUGGCGGUGAAUGCAAAACCAGAAGAAAGCAAGAGUAACAAGGAGGUGGACAAGAAAACUGAUAAGACGACCAAGGAGUCACAAAAGAAGAAGGAAGAGAAACCGUCAAAGAAGACAACUAAAGCUGCUCCAAAAAAGUCGACUGUGGAGCAAAAGAGUGGGAAAGCAGCUGCAAAGCCAAAGCGGCAGAAAAAGGAGAAGGAAAGCAAAUACUUCUCAGGGAAAUCCGAAUCAAGCCCUGAUGUGGAGCAGAAACUCAAAUCCCUGCGUAAGAGAAAGACAGAAAAAUAUGCAGAGGCAUCUUCUGAAUCUGAUAUUGAGACAACCAAGUCGAGCAAGUCAAAGAAGAAAUCCAAUGCUGCAAAGAAGGAGGAAACCAGCGAUGAAGAUGAUUUCAAACCAGAAGUGCUGAAAAUCAAGAAAAAUUCCAAGAUUUCUGUUGCUGACAGAAGAAUCCUUUCCACUGAUUCUGAAAGAUCAAACUCUCCUCAAGUCUCUAAAAAAGGCAAGGUUGGAAUUGAUUACUGGGCUGAGGUCUUUGCUGAGAUGGAGGAAAAGUGGAUUUCGAUUGACAUAGUCAGCGGAAAGGUUCACUGUGUUGAACAUCUUUAUUCAAAAGCGUCAACACCUGUGUUGUAUGUGAUGGGCCUUGACCAGACGGUGAGAGAUCUGUCCCGCCGCUACUGUCCACAAUACCACACCUCAACCAGGAAGCAGCGAGUUGACCAAGCCUGGUGGGAAGAGGCUAUCAAUCCCUUCUAUGGGAAAAAAUCAGCAUUUGACAAAGAGGAGGAGGAAGAAAUGAACAAGCAUCUGCAAGACCGACCAGUUCCCAAAACACUCUCAGAGUUAAAAAGCCAUCCUCUUUACUGCUUAAAGCGGCACCUUUUGAAGUAUGAGGGAAUUUACCCUCCGGAUGCGCCUCCUCUGGGCUGGUUCAAGGAUGAACCAAUUUUCGCCAGAGAAUGCGUGUUUGUCCUCAGAUCCAGGGAAACUUGGUUGAAGGAGGCCAAGGUGGUUAAGCCCAAACAGGACCCUUACAAAAUCGUCAAGUCGAGGCCCAAGUAUGACAGGAUGAGUGGUCAGAUGGUUGAUGGUCAGCCACUAGAACUCUUUGGUCCUUGGCAAACUGACGAUUAUGUUCCCCCUACUGCAAAGGAUGGCAAAGUUCCUCGCAACGAGUAUGGAAACGUUGAGCUGUUCAAGCCCUGCAUGCUUCCAAAAGGAACAGUUCAUAUUCCAAUCAGCACGUUGAACAAGGUCGCCAAGAAACUUGACAUCGAUUGUGCACCUGCCAUGGUUGGCUUUGAUUUUCACUGUGGAGGUUGCCAUCCAGUUUUCGAUGGUUUCAUUGUUUGUGAGGAGUACAAGGACACGCUUCUGGAUGCACAUCGCCAGGAUGAAGAGGAAAAAGCAAAACGAGGCGAGGAGAAGAGGCUGAAGCGGAUCUACGGCAAUUGGAAGAAACUGAUCAAUGGCUUGCUGAUUAGAGAGAAAAUCAUGAAAAAGUACGAUUUUGGUCAAGGCUCAUCUGGUAAAGAGAAAGAGAAAGGGCCAAAAGAGGCCGGCGAGUCGUCUUCCAAUUCCAAGGGGACUGCUCGCAAGCUGAAGCAGCCUGUGAAGAGGAAGAAGCAAGAAAGUGAAGACUCUUCUGAUUCAUCCUAAGGUCUGUCACUUUUUCCUUUUGAAAGUAUUCAUUUGCUCAGGGUAGAUUUACAUUGUAUUCCAUGCUUAAAAUCAACAAUAUGUGAUUACAUCACCUUUUUAUAAGAGCAGCUUAGCAGCUUAAAAUGUAUAUUUCAUUUAUUGAUGUACAACUUUGUUUAAUGAAAUUUCUACAAUAUUA